GGGAAGGGCAGGGGCUUCCAGGCAGCUUCACUCCCCAGUGCCCAUGUGCAGCGGCGCCACACUUGCGCACUGGGGGCGCCCGAGGAGUUCGCACAUGCACAGUAGCGGAGAGGGACACAUUUUGAGAGCGGGCAGUGUUUGCUACCACGGUGCGGCUCGGGGAACUCCUCACUGCUCAGUCGGGGAGUGGCCCCUGGCGCUGCUGGACCAGGAGCGUCCCUUAGCUCUGCUUAGCCAGGGAGAGCCGGCUGGCUGGUAGGAGCAGGAGCUGCUGGAGACAUCGCCCUGUAGCCCGGCUGCAGCGGGAACUGCCGGAGGAGCCCCUAACUCUGCCUAGCGGGAGGGAGCCCCCUGGAGCUGGCCGGAGCAGGAAGGGGAUUUUCGGAAGUUUAAGCUCCAUUAUUCCUAUUUAAAAUGCCUAAAAAGAAGCCCAUGCCCAUUCAGCUGAACCCGGCUCCAGAUAGUUCCACCAUCAAUGGGACCAGCACUGCAGAGUUUUUCUUUGGAGGGAGCAGUCAGCUGACAAAUUUAGAGGCGCUGCAGAAGAAGCUGGAAGAGUUAGAAUUGGAUGAGCAGCAACGUAAACGUCUUGAAGCUUUCCUUACUCAGAAGCAAAAAGUUGGGGAACUGAAGGAUGACGACUUUGAGAAAAUCAGUGAACUGGGAGCAGGAAACGGCGGCGUGGUCUUCAAAGUAUCUCACAAACCUUCUGGCCUCAUUAUGGCAAGAAAGUUAAUUCACUUAGAGAUCAAGCCAGCUAUUCGAAACCAGAUCAUUCGUGAGCUACAAGUUCUACAUGAAUGUAACUCUCCAUACAUAGUGGGCUUUUAUGGAGCUUUUUACAGUGAUGGCGAGAUCAGCAUUUGCAUGGAACACAUGGAUGGCGGGUCCUUGGAUCAAGUACUGAAAAAAGCUGGAAGAAUUCCAGAGCAGAUUUUGGGCAAAGUUAGCAUUGCUGUAAUAAAAGGUCUCACGUAUUUGAGAGAAAAACAUAAGAUAAUGCAUAGAGAUGUUAAACCAUCUAACAUUUUGGUAAACUCUAGAGGUGAAAUCAAGCUUUGUGAUUUUGGUGUCAGUGGACAACUGAUAGAUUCAAUGGCAAACUCGUUUGUUGGGACACGGUCCUACAUGUCUCCGGAACGACUCCAAGGUACUCAUUAUUCAGUGCAGUCAGACAUCUGGAGUAUGGGAUUGUCACUGGUAGAAAUGGCCAUUGGCAGAUACCCAAUUCCCCCUCCUGAUUCCAAGGAGUUGGAGCUGAUGUUUGGCUGCCCUGUGGAGGGAGACUCUCCAGUUUCUGAGACUUCACCCAGGCAAAGAACACCUGGCCGACCAAUGAGCUCCUAUGGACCAGACAGCAGGCCUCCAAUGGCAAUCUUUGAACUUCUGGACUACAUCGUCAAUGAGCCUCCUCCAAAAUUGCCCAGUGGUGUUUUCAGUCCUGAAUUUCAAGAUUUUGUGAACAAAUGCUUAAUAAAAAAUCCAGCCGAGAGAGCAGAUUUGAAGCAACUCAUGAUUCAUGUUUUCAUUAAGAGAUCUGAAGCUGAGGAAGUGGAUUUUGCAGGAUGGCUUUGUUCGACUAUAGGCCUCAACCAGCCUAGUACACCCACGCAUGCUGCUGGAAUUUGAAUAUUGACAGCAAAUCUUGUACUGUACAUCUGUUAAAACAAGGCUAUUUUGGUCUCAUUUCUCAAGCUUGUAUCUGUUCAAAUAUGUAUUUCACCUCUUAAGGAAGGAAGUCUGUUCUAGCAUGUGCCAAAUCCUGUUUGUUUUAAAUUUUUGUCCUAAAUUAAUUGGUGGUGUAUUGGAUUACUUUUACUGACCAAAAUGUUUGAGAUGUUGAAAUUAUAGUGCUUGCUGAUUAAGUGAACUUGGAUAUUUUUUGUAAUGGAAAUCUCACUGGGGCUACUUAGUCCCAGAUUGUUUGAGCUCUAUCAGGAUUCCUUGUAAGUUGGUGGUACUGUACUUCAAUCAUGCUUAUCUAGUCUCCCAUACAAGGUUGUUAGAGAUCCUCCUAAACAAUAUUUGUCAAGCAUGCUUUCGCUGUUAUCAAAAUGUGCAUCUCAAAGUUAGUCAUAAUGGUUCUGAUCUUGCUUUUGUGUAGAGAACUCUUGCCCGUUUAACUGAGAAGAGUCCUGUAUUGCCAUGAAACACAAAGCAUCAUGACUACUUUUAGACUUCUGUUUAUAUUUCUAUUUAUUUUUAAAUGUACUGUCAUACUUGGGAUUGUUUAGUAGUAUGUCUCCUUUAAUUGGUAUUUUUUAAAAAGUAGCUUUUUUUGAAUGUCCUAUAGACUCAAGAGCUAAGUGCAUCAGACUUGCUUCCUUUUAACCCAACUAAAGAAGACUUAUGACAACUGUGUGUAUAGUGUCUAAAAUGUAUGAAAAUCCUUUUUAUUACUUAUUCUUUCAGAUGGUUAGCAGUUUAAUCUCUUAUACUAAUAAAUAUAUUAUCAAGUAA